AUUACGAGUCAAUUAUCCAACUUUUCAAUCUCAUAAUGCGACUUUGCGUAUUGAUUACGUUUGGUCUUCAGUAGAUAUUGCUUCCUACUUAUUAACUUGCGCUACAGUAGAUGUUCCUUCCAUCCAAUCCGACCACUCAAUUGUAAUACUCAAAUGUGAAAACUUUCUUGACAUCAAAUCAAACAAACGAAAGAUACCCAAAAAAAGAUUUUCAAUUUGGACAAAAUGA